GGUAAAGGAGUAGUGUUUUGGUGCGUCUGUUGGCCACACGUGUCGACACAUUUGACAACUAAUUGACUCCACAUUUGGUGUUAUAUUUGAGGCAAAGCUCUGCAAAAAAGUCCAGUCUUUGCAUCAGAUAUCCGCAGAACCGCUGAUCUUAACCACUGAUGAAGAAUAAGUGAUUAUCAUUGCAUUAUCCGCUACAACACACCCCCGAAGACACGCUUCAUCGCAAUUGAUUGCGAUUUGUUUGGUUGUUGUGAAUCGUGUGAAGACCUAAUCCGAAGACAAUGUCAACCGAUUCCUACGGUUAUGAGGCGAAGACUCCGCAGAUAUUCCGAAUGCGGACCCAAUCCACAGUCGAUGACUGUUCCCUCCCGUUGUCCAAAGAGGGGAUUAUCCCCACAGAGGGCGGACAUGCGAAGGGCAAAGUGAUCGCUGUGUUCACCAGCGGUGGUGACUCUCAGGGUAUGAACGCCGCGGUCAGGGCUGUGGUGCGGAUGGGCCUGUAUUUGGGAUGUCGGGUCUACUUCAUCAAUGAGGGCUAUCAGGGAAUGGUUGACGGGGGCGACCAUAUAGAGGAGGCCACCUGGGUGUCCGUGUCCGGGAUCAUACAUCAGGGAGGGACAGUCAUAGGCAGCGCCCGGUGCGCCGACUUCCGAGAGCGAGCCGGCCGUCUGAAGGCGGCCCAGAAUCUCAUCGAACACGACAUCACGAAUCUGGUGGUGAUUGGCGGUGACGGUAGUCUUACCGGCGCUAAUCUGUUCCGUCAGGAGUGGUCAUCCCUUUUGGACGAGCUCUUGAAAAAUGGACUAAUAACUGCCGAGAAGAAGGAGUUGUGUAGUCAUCUGCAUAUCGUAGGAAUGGUUGGUUCCAUUGAUAAUGACUUCUGCGGCACAGACAUGACCAUUGGUACCGAUUCAGCGCUCCAUCGUAUCAUUGAAUCGAUCGACGCUAUCGUUACCACCGCUUCCAGCCAUCAGCGCACGUUUAUUCUGGAGGUAAUGGGCAGACAUUGCGGUUAUUUAGCAUUAGUGGCGGCGCUGGCCAGCGAAGCGGACUUUGUGUUCAUUCCUGAGUGGCCUCCAGAAGUCGAGUGGCCUUUAAGACUGUGCCGAAAACUAGAACAGGAGCGAAAAAUGGGAAAGCGGUUGAACAUCAUAAUCGUUGCCGAGGGAGCCAUCGAUCGCGAGGGAAAGGUAGUCACUGCCGAAAUGGUGAAGGAUGUGAUCGUUAAGAGCACGGGUCAGGACACGAGGAUCACUGUGUUGGGUCACGUGCAGAGGGGCGGCAGUCCCAGUGCUUUCGAUCGGAUAUUGGGCUGCCGUAUGGGUGCCGAAGCCGUGUUGGCCCUCUUGGAGGCCACCCCUGAAUCCGAGGCGUGCGUUGUGUCACUGGAUGGCAAUCAAGCCGUUAGAGUGCCUCUCAUGCAAUGCGUCGAAAAAACCAAAUCAGUGGCGGCGGCCAUGAAAGAGACCAAAUGGGAAGAGGCUGUGAAGCUGAGGGGCCGUAGCUUUGAGCGCAACUUAGAGACGUACAAAAUGCUGACCCGAAUCCGACCGCCAAAGUCGGUGAGCGAAAGCGAGCACAGUUCGGGUGGCUAUCGGUUGGCUGUGAUGCACGCCGGAGCCCCGUGUUGUGGCAUGAAUGCCGCCGUCCGCUCCUUCGCCCGUAAUGUCAUCUUCAGGGGCGACACUGUUCUCGGUAUUCACGAGGGAAUCGACGGCUUCAUCGAAGGGGACAUCCGACAGAUCGGGUGGACGGAAGUGAGCGGUUGGGUCGGUCAGGGCGGCGCCUUUCUCGGCACCCGACGCACACUUCCCGAGAAGAAUAUUCCCAAAAUAGUGCAACAAAUCAAAGAGCACAGGAUUCAGGCGCUGCUCGUGAUUGGCGGCUUCGAGGCCUACCAUUGUGUGCUGCAAUUGGCCGAAGCGCGUGUCGAUCACCCGGAGCUACGGAUUCCCAUGUGUGUCAUACCGGCAACCAUUAGCAAUAAUAUUCCCGGCACUGACUUCUCGUUGGGCGCCGACACAGCGCUCAACGAGAUUACGGAGAUCUGCGACCGAAUCAGACAAUCAGCGCAGGGAACUAAGCGUCGGGUGUUUGUCGUGGAGACGAUGGGUGGGUAUUGCGGUUAUUUGGCGACAAUGGCCGGACUGGCUGGCGGUGCAGACGCGGCGUACAUCUAUGAGGAGCCCUUCUCUAUUAAGGAUCUGAUGGGUGAUGUGUAUCACAUGCACUCCAAAAUGGCUGAAGGCGUUCAAAGGGGUCUUAUACUGAGGAAUGAAAAGGCGAACGCAAACUACACGACAGACUUCAUCUAUAGGUUGUACUCAGAGGAGGGGAAAGACAUAUUCUCGACGCGACACAACAUCCUGGGUCAUAUGCAACAGGGAGGCUCGCCCUCACCCUUUGACCGCAACUUUGGCACCAAAAUGGCUGCUAAAGCGGUGGACUGGCUGAACGCACAGCUCAGACUACACACACAGCCAGACUGCUCGGUCGUGUGCUCGGCCCCCGACACGGCUGUGCUGUUAGGUUUGGUGCGCCGACAGUAUCGGUUCACUCCGUGCCAAACGUUGAAGUUGGAGACGGACUUCAAAUGUCGUAUACCUCGAAAUGAAUGGUGGCUUCGGUUAAGACCAUUACUGCGAGCCCUCGCAACCCCUUGGUAUUUGAAAUUGCGAUCACUUUUGCGCAUUUUGGCCAAACAUCAGUCCACUUAUGAUAAGGAGGCACAGGAAGAGUUCGCUGAGGAAGACGACGACGACGAAGACAUCUUUGAAUAA